CCGCCCCGGCGGAGACGGGAGCUGAGCCCGAGGCAGACGCAGUCCCUCCGCGCCAUGGCCGGCCGCCGGCUCCUGGGGCUGCUCCUGGCCUUCUCCGUGGUGUUGGCCACAGGUCAUGGGGAUGACACAGAUGACUUCAACCUAGAAGAUGCUCUGUUUGACCCUGUCACCAGGCGACCCACUCCCAAGGGCCCCAGAAAGCCAGCAGGUGGGACAGACUUCGAUUUGGCUGAUUACUUUGACACACCUAUGGAGACUACCACCAAACCAACCAAGCCAACUCCCAAGCCCUUCCCCAGGCCAGGGAAGCCAGACAAUGACUUCUGGGAUGUCAUUCGCACCACCACGACCAAGCAGCCAAAAACUACAAGAGCCCCUCAUAAGCGUAACCCAGAAAAGGAUCCUAUGGAUUUUGACUUGGCUGAUGCCCUUGAUGAUAAGAACGAUAGGAAAGAUAUUGGGCAGCCGGACAUAAGGCCAGGUGAAGGAUUUUCAGACGAUGACCUGGCCAGCAUUGUGGAUGGUGGCUACAGCCCAGACAAGAAGAAGGGUGCCAGUGGCAACACCGACAACAACUACAGCGGAGUAGCAGAGACAGGGACAAUCGCCGGCAUUGCCAGUGGCCUGGCCAUGGCGCUCAUUGGGGCUGUCUCCAGCUACAUCUCCUACCAGCAGAAGAAGUUCUGCUUCAGCAUCCAGCAGGGACUGAAUGCAGAGUAUGUGAAAGGAGAAAACAUGGAAGCUGUCGUGAGCGAGGAGCCCCAGGUUAAAUAUUCAGUCCUGGAAACGCAGUCAGCAGAACCACCAAAACAAGACAGUGUGAAGAUAUAAAGUGUGACCCAGGGCUAGAAAAUAAUCAGUCAGCAGCAACAGAGAUCUUAUAUGCUUGUAAUUAAGCUUUUAAUUUAAUUUGACUCCAAAGCUAUUUAAUGUGCAUUUAAGCUUGAACUGGCUUUUUGUUGCUCUAGGCUUUAGGGUUAGACUGGUAGCAUGUGUUUAUUUUUUGUGAAGAGGUUUAUGUUUACAUCGAAGUAGUAGUGUAGGAUUGGUGUGCAGUUGUAUGGAAAUCCACAGAAGGUACUUCAGCAGUGGUCAGUUUUUCAAGAGUUUACAGGUAUGAGGACAGUGAGGUGCCUGUAAAUAGCAAUCCAAAGUCAAACCCUGCAAAGCCCUCUGCAAAGCACCUCCAGCCACCUUCUGCCAUUGGCUCUAGACAGUAUCACUUCCAAUGGCAGGAACAAAGCUGCACAUUUCCUGAGGAUAGACUGCAGUCCUUCAUGUAGCUACACCUAAAAAUGAAGUGCCUAUGGUGGGUCCUCAUGUGGGGGGCCUUGCGCUGAGCCAGGUGACUCCCUGCUCCCAAGCCAGGAGUUGAGGAUGCUUCACCACCACCACCACCCAGUGCUGGGCUUCUAACCAAAGGACCUGAUUUUCACACCAAGUCACAAAUACAGUUGAGAGUGUGUGCAGUGUUCACUUUCACCAAAUGCCAUUUGAAUGCUCCACUGUGCUGCAGAUCAGAAUGAAACUGAAGUGAUACGGUUUGUCUUAAGCUGCACCAGGGGAAGUUCAGGUUAGACAUUAGGAAAAAAUUCUUCACUGAAAGAGUGAUUGGGCACUGGAC